AUGCCAGAAGAGCAACAUCCCGAGUACAAAUUGACCGACGGCGACAUGAAGUUUGACAGCUACAGUUGCAUGGGACCUGAAUUUGGAGGCGAUGAACGCAAUGUUCCAUGGAAAGAACUGGAACGGGUAGAAACAGAGCGUCGAGAAAUUCUGAAACGAGUCGAGUUGCCCUUUUGGCGCAUUUUGUGUUAUUGGAGCGGAACAUGCUUGAAAGCCUUGGCUAUGGACUGGUUGAUCUGGGUACCCAUUACGAUCUUUGUCGCUCUUCGAAUCCACGCUCGUGUGAGUGACACGGCGCCCGCCCUGGCCGAACGACUUGGAGACACAGAUGUGGAUGUUCUUGGAGGUUUUCUUUCCUUCCUGUUGGUGUUAUUUGUGAAUCAGACCAAUUCACGUUUCUUCACAAUGUAUCAACUAGCCAAACGAGUUGCAGGUCAAAUUCAGGAUGCUGCUGGACUUGUGGUGACGCAGCUUCCCAGUGGAGCUGCCAAUCGCUUGGUGCGAUAUAUGAAUGCUGCUCAUGUCGCAGGAUACGUCGGCUUGGGGGGACCCUACAGCAAGAAACAUUUCUUUGACCACUACAAUAAAGAACACAAGCUCCUGAAUUCCUACGAAAUGAAGAGAGUGGAUAUUCUUGAUAUGGAUUCAGGUUCGGGUGUGUUUAAGGAACUCUGCACUUGGUGCCAACAAGAUGUUGGUCGCGCCAAAAAAGCUGGUCAUGUGGAUAGCAUUGAAGCCGCCGAACUGCACAAUCGCAUCCUGAAUAUUCGAGCCGCUAUGGAUGGCCUCUACGAUUACACGGAUCAGCCGACACACUUUUUCUACAUUCACUUUUUGUGCCUGCUGUCUGCCCUGUAUUUGCCCUUGUUUGCGGUUGACAAUGCCUUUGCCUGUGGAUGGGGUGAUGACUCAGAUUGGAGCAUUGAAUUGGUCAAUGGCUUGAUGGUCCUGGUUCAAGCCAUUUUUGUGGUGGGUUUGAGAUUGCUUGGUCAAAAGAUGGUGGAUCCCUUUGGACUGGACUUGGAAGAUUUGAGUGUCAUUACUUAUGUGUCUACCACCAUUGAAAAUUGCAGAAUCAUCCUGAACUCCCAGCAGGAACAAGAGGUGGAUGAAGCUGCAGAAACUCCAGGUCUCAACAAGAUUGAACAAACGGUUUGA